UAGUCCAGUUGUGUUGUGGCCUUGUGGGUGCUUUCAUUGUUUCACAGUUAUGGACCCUUCCAAAAUCUAUGGAGGCCAUCAUGCAGAGGAAGAAUGUCAAAGCAGUGAAUCAGGGUGGACAAUGUAUCUUGGGUCUCGCAUGGAUGGCGAAAACGAUCAUAACCAACAUGAUCAAGAUCACAGUGAUGAUGAUCGCCAUGAUGGAAAAACACAUGGCUAUGAUCACAAGGAUGACAGUGAUGAUUCCAUGGUUUCUGAUGCUUCUUCUGGCCCAAGUACCCAUCAGAGGUCCAGAUCAGUUCAUGUCGGCAAGCAAGAAGAGAAAGCCAAGACCAAGAAGCAAAGUGCAUCAGGAGCUGCAAGGAUGAGAAGGGAGUACAGUAAAGCAGCCGAGAAGAAGGGGAAGAUCAUAAACUCUAAAGCUAAGUAGCUAGCUCACUCCAGUACUAGCACUUCAGAAAUUAUGGUGAUAAGGUUUGGAAAAAUUAGGCAGGCAACUAAAUGCUUUUCAAGUUCUUCAGCUAGCUAGUUCAUAGUUGUUUUGGUUUGCGGCCAGGUGGGCAGAAUUAGGCUCACCUAAGAAAAACUGGGCUACAGUUUAUUUUGGCUAGUAUGGUUUAGUUGUCAAAGUUUUUGUUUUAAGAACAACAUAUAUAAAUAUUUUUCUUGA